GAGGUGGAGAGAGACAGAGUGAGAGAGAGAGUUCAAGCUUGAGACAGCGAGCGCGCAUGGCGGGAGGGAGUGAGCGAGUUUUCGCUCCUCAUUAUCCUCCUCCCCCUUCUCUUCUCCAUCCUCGUCCUCCUGUUGCUCUCCCUGCUACCGCCGCCGCCGCCACUGCUGUUGCCUCCGGCCGGCAGGGAUGGAGGUGGGGCCGCGGGGCGCUCUCUGGGACGUGUUCUCCGCGUGCGACGAAGACGGAGAUGGCUGGGUGGACGUGGGGCACUUCGUGAGACUCGCGGCGUCUCACCUGCCCAGCGAACAGGAGGCGGUUGCCCUGGGGAGGCUGCUGGACCCCAAGGGGCUGGGCCUGAUCGACUUCGACGCCUUCUGCCGCGGGGUCUCCGCGUUCGGAGGAGCAGGUGGAACCGCACAUCUGGCAGAGAAGGAUGGGGAUGACGAGGAUUGUGAUGAUGGCGAUGAUGAUGAUGGUCGACGUGAUGGCUUCAACGGGGGCCUCGGUCCGGACUGGGAUGAGGUGGGGGAAGUCACGGACAGCGCGUACCUGGGCUCGGAGAGUGCGCCCAGCGAGACGGAGACGCUUCCCGACGAGGAGACGAGCGUCACCACUCCGGAGCAGCACCAGCAGUGGCAGCAGUGGGAGGUCGCUCCCUCUCCUGAGGAGCAUCCGAAGGAUCACAACCGCCGUCCCGGGCACAGUCGUAAGGCGGCGAGCGCCGAGCUCGGAGCCCCCACCGACCUGGGAGACGCCUUCGGCUACCUGCAGAUGGUUGGACUCCCGGGGGCAGAGGAGGACGCGGGCCCCGUCCGCGGGGACCGGCCCCGAGACGGUGGAGCGCCCGGGCCCAACGCGACCGCCUCCAGCCACGUCGGUCGCGGCGACCUCCCGCACCGCCACGCGCCGGACGCAGGUUACUUGUCGAGGGCGCCGUCCGCCGCGGCCGAUGGCAGCCGCGGGCGCAGCGUGGGGGGCAAGGUGCCGCUCCCCUCUGAUGCAAGUCAAUUGGCCGAACCCACGGGCAGCAGCGAUCGCCGCCAGCGAGACGCUACGGGAGAUUUGGGCAAAGGAGAGGAGUCUCGGAGAGCCGUCGGUCGCGGUGACCCCCCGGAGGCCGGGUUCGAGUCUGGGUCCCGGAACUCGCACCUUAUUGGCGAUGGAGGUCAGCCGCGGACGUCCGGCAGAGGACGGCACCUGGACGGUGCCCAGGACGGAGGCGCCAGCGCCAUAGGGGUGGAACGAACCUUCGUGGCGGGAGACAACUGGACUGGCGUCGGCGACUUUUCUGAAGUUGGCGCGGGGACUGCACCCUCUGAAACACGCGGUCUCAAUCACUCAAGCGACCACCACCGCCAUGACCACCACGCGGUGCUGGGGCAUCGCGAGGAGGACCAAGGGUGGGGGAGGCCCAACAGGACCGGCCCGGAGCCGAAACCGGCGGUGAACGGAGUGGAGGAGUUUGAGGAUAGCGGCGACGGUGAGGAGGCGACGGCGGCGGCGGUGAGGGCACCUCGGAGACACGACCUCUCCGCCAGCGACACCUGGUCGCUCCGGGCGCCGUCCUACGGCUCGCGGUUCUCCACCUCCAGCCCGGCCAGCGCGGGGGAGCCGGGCGGGAGGGAGGAGGCGAGGGGCGAGGAUGGCGACGUCGGCGGCGAGGGCUCCUACUGCCUCUGCUGCCGACAGAGGAUCGCUCGGCUCAAGGAGCUCGAUAGGAGACUCACCCAGCUGCACCUCACCGGACCGAGGCGGAGGAUAUCCACGAAAGCGUUUGCGAGGCGUCUGCUGCCCGGGGGACACAGGAAGUCGGCGAGCUGCAGCAAUCAGGAGGACUUCUUUGGGGAAAGCCCAGACACGGGGAGUGAAGUCAACCAAAGGAUGAGCUUGCUGGAGAGCAAGGUGCUGGAGCUGGAGAGCGACUCGGUCAUCACGUGCGACCUGCAGACGCAGAUCAAGCAAGAGAACACGACUCUCAUCCACAGGAUAAACGAGCUGGAGGAUCGUCUGCGGGAGACGGAGGUCCGCUCGGAGCUGCGUUCGCACGAGGUGUCACAACGCCACCAGGAGGUGCUCGCCAGGGUGGAGCGCCACAAGCUGUCGGAGCUGGAGGCACUGCGGGCGCGGCUGCUGCAGGUGGAAGAAGAGGGUUCUGCUCUGAAGGCGACCGUCGCACAUCUGAAAACACUGGCACACAGACUGACGGAGGAGAAGGAGGCACUGGCGGAGCGGCUGGAGGAGUCCGUGUGCCGUCUGUCCGAGGAGGUGACGCUCAGCCGCACGCUCACCGACAAACUGCGGCAGGACGAGCAGCGCUUCCAGCACGAGCACGUGGCCACACACGAGCUGAUCGAGGAGCUGCGGCGGGAGCUGGAGGGGCUGCAGUUGCUGCGGCUGGAGGCGGAGCGGGGCCCGGCGCUGGGAGGAGCGCGCAGGAGGCUCGGAUCCAGCACGGGCCUGCAGGAGUACCAGGCGCGCACCCGCGAGGUGGAGCUGGAACACGAAGUACGGCGCCUUCGGCAGGAACGCCAGCGUCUGCAGGAGCAGAACGAGGACCUGAGCGGACAAAUCAUCAGCACGAGUCUGCAGGGUGCCAAGAGCCUCUUGUCGGUGCCCACGCGCUCACAGGCGCUGGCGAGCAACCCUGACGGCGCCACUCACGAAGAGGUGGUGGCGGCACUGCACGAAGUCGAGGAGAUCAACGACCAGCUGCGGCAGUACAUGGACCGCGUCAUCCUCGCCAUCCUUGAGACCAACCCCUCCAUCCUGGAGAUCAAGCCCUGAGCGCGCGGCGCGCCGGGUGGCCACUCCGGCACCGCCGACCUGGAGUCGAACAUGGGAGUCCGAGGUCACGACCGGCUCUUGUCGACGCACUCCGUCCGUGCGUCCCGUGCUGCGUGGCACGAGCUUGGAGUUUCGUGGGUGGCGGGGGGUGGCGGGGGGGGAGACGCGACGACUUUUAAAAUGGGGGGCCGGGCGUUCCACCCGAGUGCAGUGAUGACGUCUCCGCUCUGGGGAGUUGAGACCCAGGCGUGUGACGAUUCGUGCAUUGGAAUCGAUUCGCAAACUGACGUUCGUCCUCGUCGAAGCGUUCGUCCUCAUUAAUCGUUUGCUAUUCACGCAAAUUGUGCGUCUGCACUACCUGCCGAUAUUAUGUGUGCUUUUAUGGUGUGAACAAAACUUUAAAACCGAGAGGGAGCAAACCACAAACAAUACAAAUGAGAGAGGACCCUCCAGACAGAAUGAAUCCAUCGUUGAAUUGAACUGAAUGGUACUUGCCGACUUACAAUGUACGAAAGUGAUAUUACCGUGACGUUGAACGGAGCACCACGAUGGUUCUCUUGAUAGUAACUUUAUAGUUUAUUUUUUAUCCAAUUAAAACAAAGUUUCAAUCCGCGUGUGGGACAGCCCUGGACGCGCAGCACAGGUGUCCAUCCACAAGAUCGGAGCGGUUUGUGUUUUGGGAAGGGAGGAGUUCGGGUGGGGUGGGGGAGGCUGCGUCUUCCCUUCAGCGCUGGAGGUAGCGACGGUCACUUUAACGUCACCGGUGCAAUCCCCUGGAGUCGCGUGACGUCACGCGUGGCUCCCGUUGAGUGCCGACGGCAUUCCCGGCGGCCGCGUGGACGAUGGACGACCAACAGCGCGGCGAGACACCUGCGGCCUGGGCUGUCGGAUGGGCGGCUCAAGCGGUCAAAACCAAGGCACCAGCCCGAAGCCCGAACCACGGACACCCAACGUUCAGGAACGUGAGCGAGCGGGCGGACUUGUGUUUGCGUUGGAUGCGGCUGCUGCUGCUGCUGGUGCUUACAGGGAUUGAGUCUCUUCCACUCCUCGACACUUGCGGUCGUGUCUGGAAGACCGACGCAAGAUGCUGUAUUUCGGUGGGGGGAGAGGGGGGGCGGCGAGCGGGGGGUGGGGGGAGAGUUGUACGUAAAAACUUUGCAGUGCGGUGCCCUGCAUAUUUUUCUCGCCGGUUCACCGACCCUCGUGGAAAUGGAAGCGCGAAUGAGAUUAACGAGGUCGGUAUGACGGCAAAAUGAGUGGGGGCAAACAAGUAAAUAAAUAUCAAAUCACUCGCCAGUCAUGUUAGGCUAAUGCACUGCGUUACGGGUAGCUGUGCACUUCGGACACGUGGUUCAAGGAAUGUACAUUUUGUUUUUGUAAAAUGUCGGGAUUUUGUCGUUGCGGAAUUGCAGAUAUUUUUAAAAGGGAUCGUCUUGUGUGUGUGUGGGGGGGGCGUAGAUGGACUACAAAUGUGUUGGGGUGCACGACCCCCCCCCCCAAUCCCACACCUACCCUUUCCAUACCACUGAGCCCCCCUCCCCAUCACCUUGAGACUCCAAAGGAGGGGGGUGGGGAGUCAGAAUAAACCCGACACUUUCCACAUUCGAGCCUGUGUUGAGUUUUCACUUGAGAGCAGUGGUUCUUGCCUUUUACUGCAGCCUUGCACCCCUUUGUUCCAAUCGUAAAACAAUUGUAUAAUGUUAAUAAACACAUCGGGGUUUGAUUAAACAAAGUAGUUGUACUU